AUGGCCGAAAAUAGUGGUGGAGAAGGUGACAAAAGUGAUUCAGAUAUUAUUGAGGAGUGGGAAAGAGAAUUACAAGGCAUGUUAGAUUUGAAUAGAAUGGAGACAAAUACAGUUUUAGAAAAAAACCUUAGAAAGUAUGUGGAAAAAAGAGCACGCGAAGAAAGUGAAGAAAAUACUGAGGAAGAGUUUACUACGGUUACUAGAAGGAGACCAAAACGCCUUAUUCGAAGCAAUUCUGCUUAUAAUCAGAAUGGAGCUAGCCCAAAGGGCAUAUCUAAUAUUGAAAUAGCAAUUGAAGUAUGCGUUACAUCCCUUGAAAGACUGCCUAAGCAGAUGGCUUUAGCUAAGCUAUUAAAAACAGAAAAAAUAGAAAAGAUUCUGAGAAUAAAAUACAAAAACCCCUACAAGGUAAUUAUCCAAUUUGAAAACACACAACAAGCGGAAGAAUUAUUAAAAAACCCUAAAUUUCGCGAACUGGGUUAUAGAUGCCAAAAAGUAUUGGAACCAAACCUCUCGUAUGGUGUUGUUAAGGGUGUCGAUUUAGAGAUGGAAGAAAAAGAGAUUUCAAACGCUUUUGAGUCCAGUUAUGAAAUUAUUUCAGUAAAACGUUUGAAACGACUAAAUGAUGAGGGCAAGUGGAUAGACAGUGAGGCAGUCCGAAUAUGUUUUAAUAACCCUACAGUGCCUUCAUAUAUAUUGGUUUAUGGAUGUAGAUUUAAAGUCGAACGAUAUAUUUUCCCAGUUACUCAAUGCUCAGGGUGUUGGAAGUUCGGGCACUCGGUAAAAUUCUGUCCAAUUCAUAAGAAAAUAUGUCCUAAAUGUGGGAACAACCAUGACAACUGUGAUUUAAAACAAAUAAAAUGCUUAAAUUGUAAAGGUGCUCAUAUCGUACUCGAUAGGACUUGUCCUAUUUUUCUCAAAGAGAAGAAAAUCCGCAACAUAAUGAGUGAAGAAAAUAUUACAUAUCGAAAAGCCCUACAAAUAUACCUCAAUGAAACUAAAAGUGAACUUGAGAGUCUUAAGGUAAAUGCUGACAGCCAGUCGAUAAUCCUUCCAACAACUAAAUUAAGCAUCAAGCCAACAUAUAGUGACAUAGUUUCAAAAAUGUCCUCAAAAGCUGCAAUCUCCCAUCAGGAAAACACUGACCCAGUUAAUACUACCAAAAGCAAGUCUCAAUCAUCGGAAAAGAGGAAAAUCCGUACCAAAAAUAAAACCAGAAGAACACCUAAUACGAACAAGAAUGAGAGUCAAAACAGAACAGAUCAGGAAAGUACAGAUGGCGUAGAAAAUUUUAUUGACAUCUCACAAGAAGAAAAUGAAGAAGAAGAUGAAGAACAACUAUUGAAGAGGAAAAAAAGGAAAGUUGAUUUAAAGAACUUACUAAUUAAAUUAAAGGAUAUAAUUCUCUCAAAUGUAGAUUUUGAAACAAAAGUACUGUCAAUAUUUAGAAUACUUUUCGAUGCAUGCAAAUCUUUAAUUGUAAAUGUUCUAACACAAAAUAAUGUUAUUAGCUCAAUAUUCAAUCUGUUUAAUGGAUAA